AGUUGCUUUGUUUCUCGUUUGUUUAUCCGUUUCAAUUUGCAAUUAAGCCAUCCGUGGUCCUCCCCGACCCCAAUCCCGUUGUCCACCGCUGCCGCCGCCAUGUCUCCGUCGCUCCUCUUCCUUCCCUCCGCCAGGGUUCUCCACUCGCCGCCGCCGCUACAGCGCUGGUUCGCCUCGUCGCGCGUCUCGUUUCCUACUCGGGCGCGCCGCACCCGCCUCGUGUGCGCCGCCGAUUCCAACGGAGCAGCCUCCUCUGGCUCUGGAGGCGACGCCACGGCCAGUCAAAACAACAACAGCCUGCCGAAGAACAGGAGGGAUAUUCUCCUGGAAUACGUAAAUAAUGUCCAUCCAGAGUUUAUGGAGCUCUUCGUUAAAAGAGCUCCAGCACAGGUGUUUAUCUGUUUCUUUUCACUUCUCCUUUCGCCCCAUGUUUCCUUAAAGUGUCAGUUUUCUGAUAUAUGUUGUAAUGAACUCUUGGAAUAUCUGAAGACUCUAGAACCUCAAAAUUUAAAGGAACUCACGAGUACUGCUGGGGAAGAUGUUGUUUUUGCUAUGAAUGUGUUCAUAAAGCGUCUCUUGGCUGUCUCUGAUCCGUCACAAAUGAAGACAACAGUUUCGGAGACAAGUGCGAAUCAGCUAGCCAACUUGCUGUUUUGGUUGAUGAUUGUUGGGUACAGCAUCCGCAGCAUUGAGGUGCGGUUCGACAUGGAGAGGGUGCUGGGUGCACCCCCAAAGAUAGCUGAGCUACCACCUGGAGAGAAGAUGUAGUAGACAAGGGAGAGAGGUUUGUAGCAGUGUUCCACUGCGCUGCGCAAUGGUCCGUAGAUGGAGAGUCGUGGCAAUUUAACAGGGAAUUGAGCUAGAGGCGUUGAAGAUGGUAUUUGCAUGGUCUGUAUGGAGGGAGGCACGGUUCAUUUGCCUCCCUCCAUACGCGCCAUUGAUUAGAAGUUGUAGCAUUGAUUUGUAAAACUGAAGAUGAAAGCCAAAGAGUCACUGGAAGACUUGGGGAUAGGGAAGGAGAAAGCAGAAAUGGAGAGGAAAUUGUAUGUGAAAUUGAGAGUCCAUACACGUAUUGGUUCCUUCUUUCUUUUGAGAGUACAUUGAGAGUACAAGUAGGACACUAGCACACGUUAAAUAAGAUUAGAGUUAUAUAUGUACCAUUUCUGUAUCGGGAUUUAAUUCUAAGAAAAUACAGAACUCGGUGGACAGGUUUCACAAAGGACCGUAAGCAACUGAGUUUGCAUA